UGUCCACCUGCUCACUGGCAGAGCAUGUGAAACUGAUAAGUCCUUGACUUGGAGUAAACACUACUCAGCAACAACUAAAACGUCAGAGUGUUAUCAACAUUAUUCUCACAGCAGAUCCAAAACACAGCACUGUACCAGCUACUAAGAAGAAAAUCAACUUUAUCCCAGCCAAAAUCAGGUCACCCAGCACCUUUUGUUUUAUACUGAUCCAUCAGCCUCAAGUAGUAUGUUUAUGUUUGAAAUACUUCUCUUGGAGUUCAGGUUUUUUUUGCUGUAUGUGGUUGUACUGCAUACAGCUUGAGCCUGGCUUCCAGGUACUAGCUGCAAUAUAAAAUCCCAGGUAAAGUCACUUUGGUUUUCAAGCUUAAAUGAACAUUCCUAAUAACCAGAGAGGUUUUGUUUAAGAAACCAAUAAAUAAUUUCUGUAUAGUGCUCUGGAUGUGUUUAUAUUCCUCCAAACAGGUGUUUAGGACACUAGGUAUUUAAUUGCAUGCUACAGCUAAUGACACGAUAGUCUAUGUAUCCCAUGAUGUAUCACCACUAGACACUAUACAGACACAUUAAAGGUGAAGUCCUGACCCAAAGAAAGCCUUGGUGAAACCCAGUGAAUUUGACAGGAGACAGAAGUCAUUAUAACCAUUUCAGAGAAAAAAACCUUCAACAUUCUACUGAAUCUUCAUUUUUCAGAAAGAAAUAUUGCAGACUAGCACUUAAAAGAUCACCGAGAACUUGCUAGAAUCCCCAGCUUCAUUUUUUUGGAAAAGACCUUGCACAGUAUUUUUAAAAGUAAGUGACUCUCUGCUGACAGAAAAAGCCCAGGCUUGUCCUUUUGAAGUGCAACAGGAAUGUUGCAGACGGCAAAGUUUGAAUAGAUCUGCAUCAGUAGUUCCAUGCCACAAAAGUCUCCAUUUAAAGAAAGGCAUCAUGUUGCUCAAAUCAAUGAACAGUGGCUCAAACGGACAGGCACAAAGCCGAACCAAGGAUCAAUACAUGUAUUUAAAUGCCCUUUGCAGCUAUUUACUGAGACAUAGGCACACAAUCUUCUUUUGCUAAAGCAAGAAGUUCCCAGCAUUUGAGAAACACAUGAAGUUGACACAGUUGAUUUUAAUGUAAGGUAAAUGAGAAAAAUCCAUCAAUCCCGUGAAAUGGGCUAGAGGGGCUCAAAUCUGUUCUCUCACAUGCAGGAGUGUGUGUGCAUUGAAAGACUGGAUGUGAGGACCGUGAUAUUGCAUUGGAGAAAAUACAGUGUUAGGAGAGUUCGUCAGAGAGAGACGGAGGAAGUGAAAAAGAAGAGAAAAAGAGUUUGCUUCUCUGUGCAGUUUGUACUGUUAAGUUCCUUCUCACAGUCCUGCUACUGUGUGGCUUCAGCUAAAAGCACAAAUGGUCAUCCACUGUCCCCUUCCUGUUUACCACGCUUACUUGAAGCAUUUCCUAGCCUGCUGUGACACUUAGAUUCAAAUAGGAAGAAGUGCUAAAAACCCCUUGAGAUGGAGAAUGAAGAUGGUUACACAGAACUUCAUUUCAAAACAAAGAAGAAAAGCCCCAAUGCAGAACGUCUCUCUAAUUCUUCAGGCUUGCGGUAUUUUGCUGCUCUCUCAGGAUUUCUGAAUGUUGUAUUUCUGGGAGUUGUGAUCACCUUAAUUCAGCAAUAUUCUUGUCCAGGUGACUUGCUGUCAAGUGGCGUGUGGGAGUCCAGAGGAAACUUUACUGAAAGUGACAGUACCUUUGAGGAAGCUCUUAAUGAAAACAGCUUACUGACUACAUUAAAGGAAGGUUUAUGCAUGCAUGCAAAUGAGUCCAGAUGUGAACUCUGUCCCAUUGACUGGAAGCUGCAUUAUGGAAAAUGUUAUUUCUACUCAAAAACUCUUGCCACCUGGGAGAACAGCAGAAAGUAUUGCUUGGGAAAAAAAUCUGAGCUCCUGAUUAUAGAGGAUGCAACUGAAAUGGACUUCUUAAGCAAACUGAAGGAUAAAGACACUGGCUUUGUUUGGACUGGAUUAAACUUUGAUGAGGAAAAAGGAAAAUGGGUAUGGCUCCGUGAUCCCAAACGCCCAGGGCACAGUUUUACAAUAAGAGAACACAAGAAAGAAAAUAAAUGUGCUGCCUAUAAACUGAAGCAAAUGCAUCCUGACAACUGCCACUCCCUGUACAAGUGGAUUUGCAAGAAGAGUGCUGUCCUGCUGAGUAUCUAAGAUGUUGUAAAGUGAAAGUGAAUAAGGUCUUUGAAGGUUUACACCACUUUACAGUGGGUAGGAUAUCUGAUGUAAAACGAAGGGGAAAUUGUAGCCCUGUAUUUUGAUGAAGCAGUGAUUAAAGUCCAGAACAAUUUCA